CGGAUGUGAGUAGCUCGUAUUCAGCGGUAACUUCAAGCAACGGUUAACGAGGCUAAAUUACGUCACGGCAACGCGCACGCGCCCCGUGGCUGCCAAUGGCGACGGGAGACGCUUAAUCCGGUUUAUCUGGGGGUUAUUUACAUUAGCUAGCUAGCCGCUACGGAGAGAGAUUUGGGAAAUGGCUGCAAAGAAGGGAAAACCACCUAAAAGUUCACCUGGAGAUGACGCUUUGCUCGACAGCAUAUUUGAUGAUACAAAACUCCCAGUGAGGGGAAAAGCGACUCGCAGUGGACCUUUAACUCGCACGUCUGCCACUGAUAACAUCUUCAGUAUGCUAGCAGAGCAGGUGAAGAAGGACGGGGACGCUGAGGACUCUGACGUCUCAGCAGCGGACCCCGGCGACAUCCUGAAGAACAUGAAGGACAUCGACGACAUGGACGCCGACCUGUUUGCGUUGAAGAAAAAGCCCAGUUCAGCUCAGGCACCCACAAAGAAAGACUCGUCCACCUCGGAGAGUAAAGCGAAACCGGACGCAGCAGGUGAAGCCGCCGCCAGGAAGCCAAACUCUGCACCCUCGUCCACGGCGCAGAACUACAGGAAGUUCAUCGUCUCAGAUCUGGACGACGACCCUCUGGCUGAUCUACUCGAUGACCUUCUUCCGGAUGAACCCAAACCCAGAGUACAGUCGGCCAAGCCCGAAGCGCCUCCUUCAGCAUCCCCCAAACUAAAGACUAAGGCGGCGGCAAAAAAACCAAGCGGCCUCACGUUCGAUGACGAUAAGGACGAUUUAAUGGACGCGCUGGGAUUCGACAGCGAUAAAAACAAACUCAAGAAAAAAGAGGCGGGGCUUUGGCCCAACGCGGAGAGGAGUGAGGCCCCUCAGAGGCCUCGCACCAAACUCGACGAGAUCCUGGAGAGUUUGACGUCGCCUCGGCUUCUGGAGCGACCUCCGACGGGCGAGAGGAAGGAGCAGCAGCCCGAGAGGAGCGCCGCCUCCAGAGAACCAAUUUUAGAAGACGACCUCACGUUCGGCUCCUAUCAGCCCACCCUGGGGUCCACGCCUGAGGGGCGCCAGUCCCGCAGACAGUCAGUCAGGUUCUCCACGGAGGACAGCGGCCCCUCGACCCCGGAGAAGAAACCCAAACCCGUCACCCCGACCCGGCAGCGCACCUCGGCCGACUGGCUCGGCCUGAAGAAACACGACGACCGCACCUUCCUCGCGGCGGGCGCCGAAGAACCCAGAGCCUCCGCGGGGUCUCCCAAGGCUCCGUCCUCCCCCUCCCUGACCGGAGGUCCUGCCUCCAGCCACAACACCACCAAACACACCAAGCUAGAGGCUCCUAAAGAGCAGAGAGAGGAGGAGGAGGAGGAGGAGGAUGAUGAAGAUGACUGGUUAGCAGGAGCGCUGAGCAGGAAGAAGGCUCAGUCACAAACAUCCAAGCGGGACUCUUCAGGCCCGGGAGAGGAGCUGGACCUGGAGCCGCCUGUUAGCCGACCGGCUCCGGGAGGCCGAGAGGACUCCAGCAGCGUUGUUCUGGGGCGGCCCGGCCCGGCGGCUCACUCCUCGGUCGUCAGGGAGACGAGCCAGCGGCGAGGUAUUGACCACGAUUCCCCAUCUCCUCCUCUUCUGACUGGUCCCUCGCCAGUCUCUGCUGCUGCUGGCGUUAGCCCCGCCCACCCCCACCGCCUACCCAGAGUGCAUCAGGCUCCGGACGAACACCUGCAGCGGGCAAACCCAACGCCGAACACGUCACCCGGCCAACAACAGGCGACCCUCUCCGCCGACGGCCUGCAGCAGCUGCUUCUGCAACAGCAGAUGACGCAAUCUCAGUUUCUGGGUCUCGGGGGCGUCGCUUUGGAUUCAAGACUCAAAGAGAGAGAGCGGCCCCCCGGAGAGCGUCACGCGUCACCGGCUCGCCUCAUCCAGCUGGAGGGACAGGUGAGGAGUCUGCAGCUGGAGCGAGAGCAAAGCCAGAUGUUGCUGGAGAGCGUCCAGCAGAGGCAUCGAGAGGACGUGGAGCUGAUGGAGAACGCACACAAGGCCCGCGUGAAGCUGCUGGAGGCCGCGGCGGCCCAGACGGCGGCGCAGGCGGCGAAGGAGCGCGACGACCUGGCGGAGCGUCUGUCCGCCGCCGCGCGGUCGGCGGAGCGCGAGCGCGGCGAGCUGCUGACUCAGCACCAACGCAGACUGGAGAAGGCCCAGCAGGACCGGGACCGCGAGGUGGAGCGGCUGGCGGACCUGCAGAGGAAGUCCAUCUCGGAGAUGAAGAAGGACCACGAGGACCAGGUCCGCCGGCUGAAGAGGUUGAAGGACGAGGAGAUCGACGCCGUGACGAGCGCCACGGCCCAGACCCGGUCUCUGACGGUGGUGAUGGAGCAGAUGGAGCAGUUCUCCUCUCGGCUCGGGGACCUUUCCUCUCGGGUGGAGAGCUCACACGAGAACACGACUCACGGCCUGGAGAGAGGAGCCAAGCACCGAGACGAGCAGCUACGAAUGAUGCAGGAGCGUCUGGCGCAGCAGCAGACGGCCACGGAGGAGGAGCGCUCGCGCCUCAAGGAGAUCGUCUCCAGGAUGGACACGCAGCUCCACGAGCAGCAGAGGCAGCUGGAGAAGGAGCGCUGGAAGAUGACGGCGGAGCAGGCCAAGGCGGAGUCGACCCAGAGGGGCCUGGAGGGCGAGCGGCACGCCCUCAGCCUGCAGGUCACCAUGGAGAGGGAGGAGCUGGAGAGAGCCAAGAGUGCCCUGCUGGAGGAGCAGAAGUCGGUGAUGCAGCACUGUGCCGAGGAGCGGAGGAAGCUGGCGGCCGACUGGGCGCACUUCCACAGCCUGGAGAAGCAGCGGCACGAGAGGGCGGAGCGCGAGGCCGGCAGCCUCCUGGAGAGGAGAGAGGGCUCCAUCCUCAGCCUGGCUCAGGACCAGGCCGACUUGAAGCUCCGCGCCGCGGAGCUGAAGCUGAAGGAGGCGGCGGCGGCACAAGAGCGAGAGACUCUGGAACGACUCCGAGAAGAGCUGGAGAGAGAGAAGGAGAGGGUGAGCGGCGCGGCCGCCAGGCUGAAGACCAGAGCCCAGGAGGUGGAGGCCUUCAGCGAGCUCGCCGCGGAGAAGCACGCGGAGGGAGAAGCAGCGCUGCGGGAGGCGAAGCGGGUGGAGGCGGAGCACCGGGCGAGGCUGGGGAACAUCCACGCCCAGACGGAGCGGCUGCGGCAGCAGGAGCAGCGGCUGCUUCAGGAGCGGACGCGGCUAAGUCGCCUGCAGGAGGACACGGGGAGGCGGAGCCGGAGCGCUCCGAUGACCUCGCUGCCGCAGGUGUUAACGAGCGCCUCGCCAGAUGCAGGUUCGGCGUUGACGUAUCCCGAGCCGAGCGUUCCCCCCCCGACGAGCUCUCAGGCGAUGGCUCUGCAGGCUAGUCUGGCUCUGUGGAAGUACACGGCCGAAAAGGACCGUGAAUACCUCCAAGAGGAACAGAUCUUCUUAGAGAACUUGAAGAAAUCACACAGAGCGGCUUUACACACAGAGUCACCGUCAUGGUGUUAGUAGGAUUUAAGUGUCAUGUGUAAACAUCAGGAAUAAAUUCACACACCAGUUUACUUGCCAUGAUAUUUAUUUAGGAAUACAUUUCAGUCAUUGAACGCUGCAAAUUUGUGUUUUACAUUUUAAAUAAACAUGUUUUAGUUAAA